AUGGAUGAAGAAAAAAGAGCCAGAGUGGUUUUGAACAUCACAUUUGUUCGGCCAGAAAAAUUCUACAUCAGUGGGUUUUCCAACAUUCCUCACACUCAGUAUUUUUAUGUUUUCUUGUGUUUUGUCUAUGUAAUGACUGUUAUUGGAAAUGUCUUUCUCCUCUCAGUUAUCUGCUUGGUGAGGACUCUUCAUUCUCCCAAAUACAUGAUUGUGUUCAACUUGGCUUUGAUAGAUCUGUGUGGAAGCACAGCUCUUAUCCCAAAAGUCUUGGACACAUUUUUGUUCGACAGGAGAUUUAUUUUGUACGAGGCUUGUUUAAGCAACAUGUUUUUUGUUAUGUUCUUUAGCAGUUUACAGUCAUGGACUCUUGCCUGUAUGGCCUAUGACAGAUUUGUGGCAAUCUGCCUCCCAUUGAGGUACCAUAGCAUCGUGUCUAAGAGAUCUGUUGCUGUGAUUCUGCUGUGUAUGUGGUUAAUAAUUCUGUUCGUAGCUGCCUUUACAGUGGGGAAUAUUAAUCGUCUGUCUUUCUGUGGUUCACUAGAAGUGCAAAGUUUUUACUGUGACCAUGGACCAUUAAAUCGCCUUGCUUGCAACGAUAGAUCCAUAAAUGAUGUCAUGGCUUAUAUUGGCUUAAUUUUAUUCAUCUGCAUUCCUUUUAUACUAAUAGUAAUUACCUAUUUGUGCAUUAGCAUUGCACUAAGCAGAAUUGCGUCUAAAGUGGAACGACUCAGAGCACUAAAAACCUGUUCAUCACACAUAAUUCUUGUGGUAACUUUCUUUAUACCUUUGUUUGCCACUAACAUCGCUGCUGUGGUCUCCUACCUCCAUCCUAACAUCAGAAUAAUAAAUUCCUGUUGGACACACACCAUCCCGUCUUUGCUUAAUCCUAUUGUUUACUCUUUGAAGACAGAAGAACUGCUGAAUGCUAUAAAGAAACUGUUUCAAAGAAACAGAAUAACAAAAAUUGAAAGCAAACAAAUCUGGAAGGCCUUUUGCUCCACCCUCGGAGCAUCGGUCAGUCUCACGUCUGGCUAUCAUCCUCAGUCCAACGGCCAAGCCGAGAGGGCCAAUCCGGAGCUGGAGGCGGCCCUCCGUUGUCUGGCGGCACAAAAUCACAACGACUGGUCCAAGUUUCUGGUUGGGAUUGAGUACGCUCACAACGCUCAUCCUUCCUCCGCUACUGGGGUGUCUCCAUUUGAGGCCACCCUCGGUCCAACAACACCUCCAGCGUUGCCAACGCGUCUGGCGCCAUACCAAGGCUGCUCUCCUCCGCACCAAGGAGAGCAACUGCCGCCCGCAAUGCCAAUCGACACAGGGUGCUGGGACCCACUUACCAGCCUGGACAGAGGGUCUGGCUCUCAGAACGGAAACAUCCCCCUCCAAGCCACCUCUCUGAAACUGGUUCCACGGUACAUUGGACCCUACGAGAUUGACAGGAUCAUUAAUCCUUCCUGUGUCCGUCUAAAAAUACCGGCGGCUCUCAAGGCACACCCUUCAUUCCAUGUCUCGCAAAUCAAACCUGUUGUGGACAGUCCUCUGUGCCCGCCGUCCGCUUUCCCUCCACCCACCCGUGUCAUCGACAACGCUCCUGACACAAUCCUCUGUAUUUAUCCGAGCUUGGGACUGACACAAUGA